AGAGAAAGGCUACAUCUCGAACAACAUCAAAUAUAAUAUUUAUUUCCAGAAAUCAGAAUCAUAUCAGGAGUUUCUCUGGCAUAAAGACGUCUAGCUGAGGGUUAACUUCGCUUGCAUUAGUAAUGCAUGAGUAGUGGGAGGGGGCUGGCCUCGCACGAUGCCCCCCAAUAGACUCUCGAGACAUUGUCAUGGAAAGAGACCACCGCCUCGUUAUUGUCUCGUGGACUGCCAAGUUUAUUAUAAACACUGCGCGAGCUGGCGGGUGCGCUAUCAUACUGAGCGCUAAGCGAGGUGGUCCGGAAGGGAGCGAGAGCGAAACUGACGUGGAUGGAAGAGGAAGAUACUGAUACUGAGAGAGAAAAGAAAGAAAGAGAUUUCAGGAAUAUUGCUGUCAAGGAAGAGAGAAAGACGUGAAUAAAUAAAUAUAUGGUAAAAUAACACCCUGCUUUGACUGAAAACAAGAAAACCGAAUUGAGAGAGGGACUGAACUCGGGGACUCAUUCUGUGGUGUUUUUGCAGCUUUAACCGUUUUAAUUCCUCUCGAAUCCUGAGAAGUACAUUUCAUCCAGCGCUCGCCCCAGAGUUGUCGUCCUCGCGCCUCCAUGUAUAAAAUGGAUUACUCCUACCUGAACUCCUAUGACUCGUGCAUGGCGGCCAUGGAGGCAUCGGCCUACGCGGACUUCAGCUCGUGCAGCCAGGCCAGCUCGUUCCAGUACAACCCGAUCCGGACUGGGUUCGGUGCCAACCCGGGCUGCGCGCCCCUCAGCACCGCGAGCUGCACACUGGGGUCCCUUCGCGAGCACCAGACAACACCCUACUCCACAGUUCCAUAUAAGUUCUUCUCGGACCCUUCCGGUUUAAACGAGAAGCGGAAACAGCGGCGCAUAAGGACCACCUUCACGAGCUCACAGCUGAAGGAGCUGGAGCGCGUGUUCGCGGAGACCCACUACCCCGACAUCUACACGCGCGAGGAGCUUGCGCUCAAGAUCGACCUUACUGAGGCGCGGGUGCAGGUGUGGUUCCAGAACCGGCGGGCUAAAUUCCGUAAGGUGGAGCGUGCAGCCAACUCUAAAUCCGGUAAUGGGACCGGGGGCUCAGGAGGGAAUAACGGCAGUACCGGGGGGAAAAAGGGCGAGCCGAGAUCUUCCUCAGAUGAUGACGAAUCAAAAGAGUCCACCUGCAGUCCCACCCCUGACAGCACCGCCUCGCUGCCUGGCUCAGCCAAUGGGAACAUGGGUAGCCCUGCCAGCCUCAGCCUCAGCCCCAGCCCCGCCCCUGCUAACGCCGGCUACGCUAACACCUCCAGCUCCCCCGUUCUGCAGGGGCUCAAACCCCCUGGCUGGCCCAGCCUAGGCCCCGCUAACCCAGGAAUGGCCCAACCCGCAGCCCAGGCUCCAGAGCUGCUGAAGGCGUGGCAGCCUGCAGACAGUAUGACAGGGCCUUUCGCUGGCGUUCUCUCCUCCUUCCACCGGAAACCCAAUGCUCUCAAGACUAACCUGUACUAG